AUGCAGUUCUCUACCAUUCUGUCUCUCGUCUACCUCGGCGCAGGCACUGCAGUUCUGGCCGCUGGUAUCCCGGGAAUCCAAGCACGAGGCGCUAUCCCGUUCUGCCAGUCCAACUACCCGGGCAACAACUGUCAAUCCACUGAAUUUUGCGAACAGACUUGCGGAGGAGCUUCCAAAACCUCGGGCUGCAGUUCUACGUGCGUCUGCGUCUGCAGCGACGGAACCAGAAACUGA